GCUCCUCAGUGACUCAGCUGCUGGCCCGGGACCUGGACAAUGACCCUCUGGUCUUUGGCGUGGUCGGGGAGGAGGCCAGCCGGUUUUUCGCAGUGGAGAGCGUGACCGGUGUUGUCUGGCUCAGGCAGCCCUUGGACAGAGAGACUAAGUCAGAAUUCACGGUUGAAUUUUCUGUCAGUGACAGCCAAGGGGUGAUCAAAGGGACUGUCAACAUCCAAGUCGGAGACGUGAAUGACAAUGCCCCGCGCUUCCACAACCAGCCCUACAGCGUCCGCAUCCCUGAGAAUACGCCAGUGGGCACUCCGAUUUUCAUAGUGAACGCCACGGAUCCGGACCAGGGGGCAGGAGGCAGUGUGCUUUACUCCUUCCAGCCUCCUUCCCAUUCCUUUGCCAUCGACAGCGGCCGUGGCAUCGUGUCGGUGAUACGGGAGCUGGACUACGAAGUGACUCAGGCGUACCAGCUCCAGGUCAACGCGACGGACCAAGAUAAAAACAAGCCUUUGUCCACUCUGGCCAACCUGGCAAUCACCAUCACAGACGUGCAAGACAUGGACCCCAUCUUCAUCAACCUGCCCUACAGCACGAACAUCUAUGAGAACUCGCCUCCGGGUACCACCGUCCGGAUGAUAACGGCGAUCGACCAGGACAAGGGCCGUCCCCGGGGCAUCGGCUACACCAUUGUCUCGGGUAACACCAACAGCAUCUUUGCAUUGGACUACAUCAGCGGAGCCUUAACCCUGAAUGGGCCGCUGGACCGGGAAAACCCCUUCUAUAGCACUGGAUUCAUCCUCACGGUGAAGGCGACAGAGCUGAACGAUGACCGCACACCCUCCAACGCCACCGUCACCACCGCCUUCAACAUCCUAGUUAUUGACAUCAAUGACAACGCGCCCGAGUUCAACAGUUCGGAGUACAGCGUGGCCAUCCCGGAGCUGGCCCAGGUGGGCUUUGCCCUUCCCCUCUUCAUCCAGGUGCAGGACAAAGACGAGGGACCCAACAGCGUUUUCGAGGUUUACCUGGUGGGCAACAACUCCAACCACUUCAUCAUCUCACCGACCUCCAUCCAGGGGAAGGCGGACAUCCGCGUCCGCGUGGCAGUGCCACUGGACUUUGAGACCAUUCCUCGCUACGAAUUUUCGCUCUUUGCAAACGAGAGCAUCCCGGACCAUGUCGGCUUCGCACGAGUGAAGAUUAACCUCAUUAACGAGAAUGACAACCGCCCCAUUUUCAGCAAGGCCCUGUACAACGUCAGCCUCUUCGAGAACACCACCGUGGGCACCACCGUCCUCCAGGUCCACGCAACUGACAAUGACGUGGGCACAUACGGGAAAGUCGGUUAUUUUUUCAGCGAUGACCCCGACCGUUUCUCGCUGGACAAGGACACGGGCGUAAUCCUCCUGACAGCUCGGCUGGACUUCGAGACCACGCAGCGCUACACCCUGACUGUCAUUGCCCGGGACGGUGGCGGGGAGGAGACGACAGGGCGCGUCAGGAUCAAUGUCCUCGAUGUCAACGACAAUGUCCCCACCUUCCAGAAGGAGGCAUACCUGGGGGCCCUGCGGGAGAACGAGCCCUCCGUCACCCAGGUCGUCCGGCUCCGGGCGUCUGAUGAGGACUCUCCUCCAAACAACCAGAUCACGUACAGCAUCAUGCAGGCGUCUGCCUUCCGCGACUACUUUGAUAUGGUGGUGUCAGAAGGAUAUGGAGUGAUCAGCGUGAACCACCCCCUUGACUACGAGCAGGUGGCCAACGGGGUUAUUUACCUGACUGUGAUGGCCAAGGAUGCUGGCAACCCACCGCUCAACAGCACCGUCCCCGUCACCAUCGAGGUGUUUGAUGAAAAUGACAACCCCCCCACGUUCAGCAAGCCCUCCUAUGUUAUAACCGUCAUGGAAGACAUUAUGGCAGGAGCCACAGUGCUGUUUCUCAAUGCCACGGACAUGGACCGGUCCAGGGAGUACGGGCAGGAGUCGAUCAUCUACUCCCUGGAGGGCUCCUCACAUUUUCGGAUCAAUGCUCGCUCAGGAGAAAUCACGACAACGUCUUUGCUGGACCGGGAGGCCAAAUCCGAAUACAUCCUCAUUGUCCGGGCAGUGGAUGGAGGUGUGGGCCACCAUCAGAAGACAGGCAUUGCUAUGGUGAACAUCACGCUGCUGGACAUCAACGACAACUACCCCAUGUGGAAGGAUGAGCCAUACUUCAUUAACCUGGUGGAAAUGACCCCCCCCAACUCAGACGUCACCACGGUGGUGGCCGUUGACCCAGACCUGGGGGAGAACGGCACGGUGGUGUACAGCAUCCGACCCCCCAACAAGUUCUACAGCCUCAACAGCACCACGGGCAAGAUCCGCACCACCGGCGUCCUGCUGGACCGCGAGAACCCCAACGUGCAGGAGGCCCAGCUCAUGCGGAGGAUUGUGGUGUCAGUCACCGACUGCGGGAGGCCGCCCCUGCGAGCUACCAGCAGCGCCACGGUUUUUGUCAACCUGCUGGACCUGAACGACAACGACCCCACUUUCCAAAACCUGCCCUUCGCCGCCGAGAUCGCUGAGGGCCUUCCCGCAGGCUCCUCUGUCUUCCAGGUAGUGGCCAUUGACCUGGAUGAGGGUCCGAACGGGCAGGUGAUGUACCGCAUGCAGGUGGGGAUGCCCCGCAUGGAUUUCCUCAUCAACAGCACCAGCGGGCUCGUCACCUCCACCACCGUGCUGGACAGGGAGAGGAUCGCCGAGUACUACCUGCGGGUGGUGGCCAGUGAUGCCGGCGUGCCCUCCAAGAGCUCCACUAGCACCCUGACUGUCAAAGUUCUGGAUGUGAACGACGAGAACCCCACCUUCUUCCCAGCCAUCUACAACGUGUCGCUGCCCGAAAAUGUGGCCCGGGAUUUCAAAGUGGUCCGGCUCAACUGCACGGAUGCUGACGUUGGGCUGAACGCUGAGCUCAGCUAUUUCAUCACAGGUGGGAACCAGGAUGGCAAAUUCAGUGUCGGCUUCAGGGAUGGGGUGGUCAGGACAGUCGUGAGUCUGGACAGGGAGACUGUGGCAUCGUACAUGCUGAUCCUGGAGGCCAUCGACAACGGCCCCACCGGGAACCGGCGCACCGGCACUGCCACUGUGUACGUGACCGUCCUGGAUGUCAAUGACAACCGACCCAUCUUCCUUCAGAGCAGCUACGAAGUCAGCGUCCCCGAGGACAUCCCGGCUGCCAGCAGCAUAGUGCAGGUGAAAGCCACAGACGCGGAUGAAGGCGUUAACGGGAGAGUGUGGUACAGGAUUGUCAAGGGAAACGAGCACAACAACUUCCGCAUCAAUCCCAGCACCGGGCUGGUGAUGCGAGGUGUGCGGCACCUGGACCGGGAGCAAAACUCCUCUCACGUUCUGGAGGUGGAGGCCUACAACACGGAGCAGGGACCCAUGAGGAGCUCUGUCCGGGUGAUCAUCUACGUGGAAGACGUCAACGACGAGGUGCCAGUGUUCACCCAGCGGCAGUACAACCGUCUGGGGCUGCGGGAGACGGCGGGGAUAGGGACUUCGGUGGCGGUGGUCCGGGCCACCGACAGAGACACAGGCAACGGCGGUCUGGUGAACUACAAAAUCCUGUCGGGCGCAGAAGGGAAGUUUGAGAUCGAUGAGAGCACGGGCCUCAUCACGACGAUCGAGUACCUGGACUACGAGACCAAAACCAGCUACCUGAUGAAUGUCUCUGCCACGGACCAAGCACCCCCCAACAACCAGGGCUUCUGCAGCGUGUAUGUCAGCCUGCUGCACGAGCUGGACGAGGCCGUGCAGUUCUCCAACAGCAGCUACGAGGCUGUGAUCGUGGAGAACAUCCCACUGGGCUCCGAGGUGCUCCGGGUCCAGGCCCGCUCCAUCGACAACCUCAACCAGAUCACCUACAAGUUUGACCCCAACACCAACGCCCAGGCACUCUCCCUCUUCAAAAUCAACAGGAUUACCGGUGUGAUCACGGUCAAAGGCCAGGUGGAUCGAGAGAAGGGGGAUUUCUACACCUUAACGGUGGUGGCCGAUGAUGGAGGACCAAAGAUUGAUUCUACAGUGAAAGUGACCAUCACGGUCCUGGAUGAGAACGACAACAGCCCCCAGUUCGACAUCACCUCCGACUCCUCCGUGAGCGUGGCGGAGGACAGCGCAGUCGGCAAGCGGGUGGCCGUGGUCCUGGCCCGUGACCCAGACGCAGGCAGCAAUGGGCAGGUGACUUUCUCGCUGACGUCGGGGAACAUCGGCCGGGCUUUCGAGAUCCGUACCACCAACAACACCUAUGGUGAGGUGUUUGUGGCACGGCCACUGGACCGGGAGCUGCUGGAUCACUACACCUUACGGAUCCAAGCUUCAGAUGGCGGUGUGCCUCCCCGCAGGAAGGAGCACACUCUGCGAGUGAACAUCCUCGACGUCAAUGACAACCCCCCCAUCAUCGACAGCCCCUUCGGCUACAACGUGAGCGUGAGCGAGAACGUCGGCGGUGGCACGGCGGUGGCCCAGGUAUGCGCCACCGACCGAGACGUGGGCCUCAACAGCGUCCUCUCCUACUACAUCACCCGCGGGAACGAGGACCUGACCUUCCGCAUGGACCGCGUCACCGGUGAGAUCGCCACCCGUCCUUCCCCACCGGACCGCGAGCAGCAGAGUUUCUACAGCCUGGUGGUCACCGUCGAGGACGAGGGCAACCCCUCCUUGUCG